AUGGCCAAAGACUUUUUCACGGUGAAGUUCUCAACGCUGAACGAUAAAAGAAAAGCCAAGGAUAAGGUUAUUUUAGAGCUAUCAAUGGGCCAAGUUCGACUUCGUGAAUGGAGUCGCUAUUUCAACCCAUAUAAGGAAGCUUCUUCUUUAGCUGAGAUUUGGUUGCGCAUUUAUUAUCUGCCUGUGGAGAUGUGGACUCAGGAGAUUAUAGCAGGGAUUGGUUAUGCACUGGGACAUCCGUUACGUAUUGAUCACGCGGCGCAUGGACAAGCGGGACACUUUGCUCGUGUUCAGGUUAAAGUGGAUAUGGCGAAGCCUCUUUUGGAAUAUAUGGAUGAUGAAAACAAAGCUUCGCUUGCUGCCGCCCCCAAGUCGAAGGAGCAUCCUAAAGCCCGGGGUACGAAUCCCUCUUGGCAGCCUAGAGGACAAGAUAAUAUCACAAAGGAUCAGGGGGAUAUUGUGAAGGAUCAUAUGUCGGGGCCGGAUUUGGCUGCCAUUCUUGUGCCGAUCAAGGAAAAUGAGCUGCCUCCUGUGGGUGUCUCAAACUGGUUUGAUGUGCUUGAUGAUGAGGACGUUGAGGGUGAUAAAAUUGUUAAGGGAGUGGCAGGGUCAGGGAUUGAAGGAAAGCAGAUUGAGGAUGGUAUGACACAGGUGGCACUCUUGGGUACUGCCAAAGAAACAGUUGCUAAUGAGCGUGGGCUUAGUCGGAUGCCUAGGGUGAGACGGUCGGUGUAA